UAAUUAUUACUAUUACUUUUUUAAAAUUAUGCUAUGCUUCCGGCUAGAGAAAUCAACUUGACAUUGAUCCUAAGAAAACGGUGAUUCUUUCUAUUAUUUAAAAUUUGAAAUUCUUUUUACUUUCGUCUUCUCGCUUUCCAAACAAAAUUUUAAAAAAUUAAUGGAGAAAAUUAUGGCUGCAAAGUGUUCGAUGUGCUUUUUCAACUAUGGAUUCAACGGUUUGAAUAGAAGUAAUAAGGAUGUUGAUAGUUUGAAGAAGAAUUUGAAUCUGAGGCUAUUGUUCUCGGCUCCUCGUCGCUCGCAUCCAGUUUAUUGUAAAUUACAGCAACGGAGACUCAGUUUACAUUAUAAAAGACAACAAGGGAAGAAACCUCCUUAUGAACGGAUUCGAACCAGAGCAAAGUUGCGGCCGAACAGUGACGAUGAAUCUGAACCUGAACAAUCUGUUCCUAGUAAUGGAGAUAUGGAGCAUAUUGUUAGUCACGAGAAAAGUUUCGAAGACGAAGUUGACACUAGGGUAGAUGCGGAGCAUAUUGAUGAAAAGAAUUCUGCCAAAUUAUCUUCCUCUGCUGUUGAGACUAACAUAGAUGUAGACCCUAUUGAUGAAAAGAAUUCCGGCUCAUUAUCUGCCUCUGCUGUCGAGACUAACAGAGAUGUAGAGCAUGCUGAUGAACAGAUGGCUCGAACAAAAGUUUUGGCCAUAAGCGGAGAGCAACUCGCAGAUGUUCAACCAGAGGACCUCAUAAGCAUGAUAAAAACUGCAGAAAGAAAUAUCCUUCUUCUCAAUCAAGCUCGGGUUCAUGCACUUGAAGAUCUUCGUAAGAUUCUUAGUGAGAAGGAGACAUUACAGAGUGAAAUUAACAGUUUGGAUACGAGAUUAGCUGAAGCUAAUGCACAGAUUAAAGCUGAAGAAAAGGUAAACGUAGAACAACUGGAAGGCCAGUUAGAUAAGUUGCGACAUGAGUUGAUUAAUAGGGGUGAUUCUGGGAAGAGUGAGCUUGAAUUGUAUGAGAACCGAAAUAAAAUGUCAAAUGAGGAAGCACUUUUUGCACGUGAUGGUCAUGUUCAUUCUAUUAGAAAGGAGGUUGAUUCAUUGAGAACAGAGAAUCUAGCCCUAAAAAAUGACAUCCAAGCGGUUAAGUCAAUGCUUAGCAAUUUGGAGAACAAUGAUGAACGCAUGGUAACACUGGAAAAUGAACGCUCUUUUCUAGAGUCUACUGUGAAGGAGUUGGAGUCUAAACUGUCAGAUUCUCAGAAAGAAUAUUCAAAUAUUUCUACUCUAAAGGUUGAAUGCAAGGACCUAUGGGAAAAGGUAGAAAAUUUACAACGCUUGCUGGAUCAGGUAACUAAACAGGCUGAUCAAGCCCUUUUAGUGUUACAGCAAAACCAGGAUCUUCAAAAGAAAGUUGAUAAAUUGGAAGAAUCUCUUGAAGCGGCUAAUUUCUUUAAGGCCUCAUCUGAGAAAAUCCAACAAUAUAAUGAGCUUAUGCAGCAAAAGAUAAAACUAUUAGAGGAGCGUCUUCAAAAGUCUGAUCAAGAGAUAUAUUCGUAUGUCCAAUUAUAUCAAGAAUCUAUAAAGGAAUUUCAAGUCACCCUUAAUAGUAUGAAAGAAGAAAGCAAGGAAGGGACAUUGGAUGGACCAGUUGAUGAUAUGCCUUGGGAAUUUUGGAGCAGUUUAUUGCUUACUAUUGAUGGUUGGGUGCUUGAGAAGAAAUUAUCAAACAAUGAGGCAGUGCUGUUGAGAGAAAUGGUGUGGAAGAGGGAUCGACGUAUUUGUGAUGCUUAUGUGGCAUGCAAAGAAAAGACGGAGGAUGAAGCUAUAUCUAUAUUUCUCCGGUUGACACCAUCACAACCUAGUCCAGGGUUGCAUAUCAUUCAUAUAGCCGCUGAGAUGGCACCAGUUGCUAAGGUUGGUGGUUUGGGAGAUGUUGUGACUGGUCUUGGUAAAGCAUUACAGAAGAGAGGACAUCUUGUGGAGAUUGUUCUUCCAAAAUACGAUUGUAUGCAAUAUGACCGUAUUUGUGACUUAAGGGCCUUAGAUGCAACGGUAAACUCGUAUUUUGAUGACAAAUUAUUUCAAAAUAAAGUUUGGACCUGUACUGUUGAAGGUCUUCCUGUUUAUUUUAUUGAGCCACAUCAUCCCAACAAGUUCUUUUGGAGAGGGCAAUAUUACGGAGAGCAUGAUGAUUUCAAACGUUUUUCAUUUUUCAGUCGUGCAGCACUUGAGUUGAUUCUUCAAGCUGGCAAGAAACCAGACAUAAUUCACUGCCAUGAUUGGCAGACGGCUUUUGUUGCACCACUCUAUUGGGACUUGUAUGCUCCAAGAGGUCUGAAUUCGGCUCGAAUAUGUUUUACUUGCCACAAUUUUGAUUACCAAGGGACUGCACCUGCUUCAGAAUUGGCAUCAUGUGGUCUGGAUGUCUACCAGCUAAACAGACCCGACAGAAUGCAGGACAACUCGGCACAUGAUAUUGUCAAUCCUAUUAAGGGUGCAAUUGUUUUCUCUAACAUAGUGACAACAGUAUCACCCACAUAUGCACAAGAGGUUCGAACCGCUGAGGGAGGAAGAGGCCUCCAUUCAACACUUAAUUUUUACUCAAAAAAAUUCUUGGGAAUCUUAAAUGGGAUCGAUACCGAAUCAUGGAAUCCUGCCACCGAUAUGUUUCUCAAAGUACAGUAUAGCGCUUACGGUCUGCAAGGAAAGGAAGAAAAUAAAGAUUCCAUGAGAAGGCUUCUGGGACUUUCUUCUGCUGAUGAUCGUACGCCACUGGUCGGCUGCAUUACAAGAUUGGUGCCGCAAAAGGGCGUGCACCUAAUUAGACAUGCAAUUUAUCGGACAUUGGAGAUGGGUGGUCAGUUUGUGCUUCUUGGUUCAAGUCCAGUUCCUCACAUUCAGAGGGAAUUUGAGGGUAUUGCGAACCAAUUUCAAAAUCACGAACACAUUCGGUUAAUAUUAAAAUAUGACGAGUCUCUUUCUCGUUACAUUUAUGCAGCAUCUGAUAUGUUCAUAAUUCCAUCUAUUUUUGAGCCUUGUGGCCUUACACAGAUGAUAGCAAUGAGAUACGGUUCAGUUCCGAUUGUAAGAAAGACCGGUGGUCUAAAUGACAGUGUUUUCGAUGUUGACGACGACAUGAUACCUCACCAAUGCCGAAAUGGUUUUACGUUUACGACUGCUGAUGAACAGGGACUAAACGGUGCGAUGGAGCGUGCAUUUAAUCUCUACAAAACCGACAACGAGAGUUGGCAACAACUCGUCCGAAAAAUCAUGAAUAUAGAUUUUGGCUGGGAGUCUUCAGCAUCACAAUACGAGGAACUUUACGUGCAAUCUGUCGCCAGAGCAAGGGCAGCCGGAAGUCGCACUUAAGAUUCAGUUUCGAAGGUUUUUCUUUUUCGUUUGAGCGAGUAUAAUAUUUAUCGACAUCGAUUAUAAGCGAAAGGUUAUCCGUAUAUUUACUGCUAACAGUUCAAAAGUAUACUUACAGCUGAAGAUUACGGCAGAGUUAAAGCUGCAUUGGUGAAAUCAUUUUUCCCCUUUUUGUAAUAUUAAACCACACCAUAGAUACUGUUGAUAA